AUGACCAGUGUGGCUUGUGGAAUAAAGCAACUUGAAGAAUAUGCCUAUUCAUAUGAGAGACAGUCUGCCAGAGGGCUUUCAGGAGUCCAUGAAAAGCUGGGUAAAAAUUAUGAGUUCUUGAGAGUUGCUAUUCCCACUUUAUUUUAUCUUAUUUUUCUCAUAAUUGCUAUAGUUGAAUCCAUGGCAGGACUACUAGCAAAUGGAACUGUCUUGUCUGUCAGUUCAACUAGCUGCAUGAGGAGCAAAAUAUUGUCCUCCUAUGACAUGAUUAUGAUCUUUCUGCAUUUAUCCAGGUUCUGUUUUCAGUCCUGGAUGAUGCUCAAUUUGUUCCUAAGUUUGGUCUACCCAGCUUCCUAAUAUAUGGAAAAAUUUUUUUCUUUCAAGACAGUUUUUGUCUUCCUGAAUUACUCCAUCUGCUGGUUUACUGCCUGGCUUAGCAUCUUCUAUUGUACCAAGGUUGCCAUUUUUACACAGUCUUUCUUUAUCCAGGUGAAGCAAAGAAUUUCCAGUCUUAUGGCCUGGAUACUAAUAACAUCAUCUCUUUUUUCCUUUGCAACCUGUCUUCCUUUCUUCUGGGAUAUCUACAAUGUGCACAACAUUACUACACCAUUAACUGUGACAAACUCUUCAGAAAGCAAAGCCACAAUGAAAACUAGUUUGUUUUUAUUGAUUCUUGUCUGUAACACUGGCAUAGCCUUGCCUUUGAGUUUUGUUGUUUCAAGUAUUCUGUUAAAGAGACAGAUGCAAAAUAAUGCAACUGGCCUCAAGGAUCUGUGCUUAGAGGCCCAGAUAGGUGCCAUAAAGCCAGUCUUCUCCUUCCUCAUCCUGUAUGUUAUACAUUUUAUUGCUUUGGUUCUCAUUUCUUCCAACAUGUUUUUACCUUUCAGCAUCUGGGAAGCCAUAUGUGUAGCUGCCUGUCCUGCAGAACACUCUAUAAUCUUAAUCUGGAGUAACCCCAAAUUUUGAAAGCUGCCAGUUAGGAUUUGGCACCACACAAACUGUCAAAUGAGACCUAGAUCCAUGUAA